UGUCGAUAAACUUUUUUUCUCUUGUAGUUUGACUUGGGUGAAAUGGCACUUAGCUAACGAGGAAGUGUACUGUCGUGAAAGCUGGUCUGAUUUGUUGUCAAGUUGUAGCAGUGUGACUUCAAAAUCAGGAAGUGUAUAGGUUCAUACAGAAGUAUUGCUUUGCACUUUAAGUUUUGGGCUGCUGACUAUCAUGUGACCUAGGUUGACCUGGUUCGAAUUAUUCACUCCUUUUCUAUCCUUACUUGUCAUUGCAACGGCUAGGUUCGUGAAAAUGCCUGGGUUGAGAGAAAGGCUAAGAGGGAUUUUCGCUGUGGAGCCCGUUCUUUUCUUCUUCAUGACGAGUACUUUCAUUGUUUUCCCAGCAUUUCAGCAGCUUGUCAUCGCCAAGGUGUGCAAUGAGAUGUUCCCAACAAACACGACGGUCUGCGACAAUCCCAGACGAUUGAAUGGGAACGCUGAAAUUCAGAGACGGUCCUCCUUCAUUAUCUUGGCCUAUUCUGGAACCCUCAGCCUGGUGUCCAUCCCUCCAGCCUUAAUGCUGGGCUCCUGGUCUGACCAAGGGGGCCGCAGGUUGGGCAUGGUCCUGCCCAGCCUGCUGGCCCUGGUUGGCAAUUGCAUCUUCAUCGCCAUGGCGGUAGUGGAAAGCGCUAGCGUGUACUGGUGCGUGGCGGUUGCCCUGGUGACGGGGAUCUCGGGAUGUCACGUCUCCGUGUUCCUCAGCUGCUUCAGCUACGUGGCUGACGUCGCUGAUGCCAGCAGCCGCACCCGACGGUUAGCCCUGGCCGAGUCCAUGGUCUUCAUCGGUGGGACAGUGGGGUUCCUCCUCAGCGGGUACCUCCUGCAAAACUAUAAGUUUCUGGUGACAUUUUCGGUAUGCAGCACAUUCCAUCUCAUCAGUAUCCUGUACGUCCUGCUGUGUCUGCCGAGCCCUGACCUGAAUACGCUAGCCGAGGGACAGGAAGAGGAGGAUGGGCCAUCCCUCCUGAUGCAUGUUGGGCGCUCCUUCAGGGUCAUGCUCAAAAAUCGACCAGACAACGGGAAGCAGAAGCUUUACUUCCUGGUGAUCUGCACCUUCCUGAACAACGUGAUUGUCAUAGGUGAACAGUCUAUCUUACUCCUCUAUCUGACAUAUAAACCAAGAGAAUUCACCACAGAGAUGUACGGUGUGUUCAACUCUACACGGAUGCUGUUGUUAGGAUUUUCCUUGAUGGGGAUCUUUCCACUGCUGUUGCGAUACUUCGGAGAGAUGACGCUGGCCAAAAUGAGUGCAUUCUUCAGGACAGCGUCAUAUGUUCUAAUGGCAUUUUCCACAAACACAUGGAUGGUAUUCCUGGUGGCUGUGGUGGGGGCACCGUCUGGAAUCCCUCAGGCCGUGAUCCGAUCUCUGUCUUCUGCUAUCGUCGACCUCAAUGAGCAAGGUGCCAUGUUUUCCUUUAUGGCUUCGAUGGAGGCAUUGUGCAUCAUUGUUUCUGCGGUGCUGUUCAAUGGCAUAUACCCUCUGACCUUGACAUCAUUCCCUGGGAUGGUCUUCAUCGUGAUGGCAGGAUUUGCCUUCAUUUCUCUGAUCUUCAUACAGUGGAUCAGUGAAAUGCCCACCACCCAGCCUCUCCAGAGCGACCAAGACUGAACGGCUCCAGUGGCUGAGGAUACAGCCGGGAGAGGGAAGCUGUAUGAACUUCAUUAUGAGCCAUGCUACAUCCACCUGUUAAUAAUGUCUGUUACCGAUCAAAAGCGUUCUCAACUGUAGAAUCCACAAUAACCACAAUAAGUUAUGAAAUGUUUUAAAUAUUAAAAAUUAAUGUUUAAAGGAA